AUGUCAGAAGCUUCGAUCAGAUCUCUACUAGAAAUGGGUAUCACCCGAGAGGUGGCCAUUGAAGCCUUGGCCAAGACCAAUGGAAACAUCGAGGCUUCGGUGAACUACAUAUUCUCAGGCGAGCUACCGCAGCAGGAUGCUCAAGUGGACACCGUAGAGCUUCGAAGCUACCCACAGCCUGAAGAAAACGCAGAAUUCGUGGAAAACGCAGUGGCUGCGGUGGACUCGAGCCAAUCUGAAAACGAGUCGACCAAUUGGCCAGAUUCGAACCCUGUGCCAAGCUACGAGGACCGUUUGGUGCAACACACAAAAAACAAGCCAGAUGACCCGAUUGUGGUUCAAAUGGGAUCUGAGAAUUCCAUAAUGGAAAACUAUUUUGCUCUUUUCUGCUUAGCUGUCGGUUUCGGGUUUCCUCAUAAAUUCUUGGAGCCGGACUUCAAAGACUUAGUUUAUUGUAAAGACUGGUACCAGGGCCAUUCGCUUAAACCAAAAUUUAGGAUCAAGUUCGAGUCGAAUGAAACGGUCGCUAUUGUCCCACAGGAAGAGCUCACGGGGCAAGAUAGCCUAGUUCUGCAACCCGAGCUUUUGUGGCAGUUCCAGAAACUACUAGCGAUUCAAAACGUACCCAGUUGUCAAAGAAAGUUUGUAAGCUCGAAAUUUUUGACUAAAGCCUUAGAGCCACAGGUUGUGGACAAAUUGAACAACUGUGAUCAUCUACACGACGUAUUGCCUUCCUUCAUCAAAAGCCUCGCCACAGAUGCAGAACUCUGUCCAGGCGUUUCUUCGAUAAAGGAGCUUUUCAUUUCAACUGCCUACUAUAAACCUCCCUCGGAGCCGGACAUGGUAGAGACUCUUGUGUCGCUUUUGCACUUCAUGCCAGAAGAGUACGAAUCCAACCUCUACAAGAUGUUCAAUGCGCUACUGUUCCCAGACGACAACGACUCUACUUCGGACCUAGAGGACAGUCAAAAUUCUCUAGGUAAUCUUGCGCCCUUGAUAACGAUUGUUUUUGACGAGAUGGAUGAGAGCACUGAAAGUGCAAACCUCGCUAAUGGAGUCGAGGUGCCGCUCGAAUUCUACCCUCAAAUUUAUACUGAAAAGGCCAAAAAACUUCUCAUAAAUGAUAUUUUGAUGAAAUCUCGAGAGGCUCAAGCGGAGGCCCGCGAAGCCUUACGCACUUUAAGCGAUUUGAAAAGUUACCAAGGAAAACACAUCCAUUCGUUCCUCAAUAGCACACUUGACUUUAUUGCAAAAGACGCCAAAUCAAUCUCGCAACAGCCAGAGGUCGCUGCUCUAGUCAGCUCGUUGGAAUUGCUUAAGGAAAACCUGGGUUCUCGAAAGACAACCAAAAUGGCCGAGUACAAGGCUUUGACGCAGAAAAUCAACAACGAGUUCAAUUUGUCACACCCAGAACUUGGUAUUAUAGAGGCAGCCACAAGGCUAGGAAUCAUCGACGAGCCUUACUUACUCACCACCGCAGUUAUAUCACCUGCCAAUUAUUUUCUACGUCAAAGAAACGGACAAUGGCACCAUGUUGUGACCAGAAGUGCAACAGGCGAUAUAGAUGUUAUUCCGGCUACACCGAAAGACGUUUUAUACACAAUUCGCUUGCACACAAGGACUGCAUCGGAAACACCGCUCAUGUUCACCUACUUCAAGAAAAGUGCCAUUGAUAGCGAUGAGAUGGUAAAGGAGACUAUACAAAAAAAUGGCGGGUGCUUCAAUUUCGCCAGGAAAGACCAAAAAGCUCUUGAAGAUUCAGCCAUUGUGGUCGAAAAAGAACAAUUGAUGGAUUUAUGA